GUGCAGGCAAAGCCAUGAGCCUCACUCCCCUUUCUGCUCUCAGUGCAUGAACAGCUCACAGACAAGGAGCCUAGAGAAAUCACACACACACACACAGCUUUAGACUAGAGCCUGAAUUCACAGCCAGAGGGAGGAGAGCAGCAAUGGAUUAUCACUAGAACUGAUCAAUUGAAGCAGCAGAGAAGUUCUUCCCUACAGCAGAAGUGAUGAGCUGGAGCUGAUGAACCUCAAGGAAAUCUGCACGUCCCCAUCUCUCAUCUGACACAACAGGGAUUGCUGGAAGUUUAAUGAAUGGUGACAGCUGCUCACUCAAGUCCUUGACCAGGAUGGGAUUUAGGCAAUCUUCUCCUGCUGAUUUUCAGCGACCUGUGAUGGAUUUGGCUUCUGCAAGUCAAGCAACAAUCCAAUCAUCUGGUCAGUAACUGUAAAUAUGUAUAUACCCUGCCGUAUAGGAUCGCUCUAGCGCUGCAUAUAACUUUUCCUUGCAUUAUUCUCUAUAACAUAUAUGGGAUAUAUGAUAAGGAAUGGAAUUAUUGCGAUAUUUCCCAGCUCCUCUUAUUACUUAAUGACCUUAAGAAAGACCUUGAUCGCUUCUGGAGCACUUAAGGUGCUUGCAAUUUAUACCAAGGUCAAUGAUAUAAACACGGUUUGUCCUUAAUCAAGUUAUUGCCUGCAUGAUUCUUAUUUUAACGUGGCAGCUGCCAUGAUCCCAAUUUGGCAAAAGGCAAGGAUAGUCGUUCCCGACCUGCAACCUUGGGUUUCCAAAGCUGCUUUGGAGAUCCUGAAGAUGUGAUGUUGCUUUCUAAAUUACAAGCGGACACUCGAUUGCCCUUUAGGAGAUUCCAGAGGACAGUUUUUAAAUAUGAAUGGACUUAAUGUCUGCUGCCUGCGUGCUUUCGACCCUGCAAGUGUUUGGGGGAAAUGAAACGCUGUACGAAGAUUCAUGAAUCAAAUGUCAACGUGUUGCAGAGAACAAAAGAGAAGAAACUCAGAGCAAAGCACAAGACCGUGAGCAGCCAAUCAGGUUGGCUGAUAAAAUGACCACAGAUGUAUUUCAGUAAACUUCAAAGAAGAAAACAGCAAGAAAUCUACAGAUCAACCAUGGAGUUGUCUGAGGUGAGGUGCUCCAGUGCCACUGAUGAACUUUACACCAUCAACAAGACCCCGACCAUUAACAGUGGCACGAGACCUAAGAGACUUCUCUGGCAGACUGCUGUGAGACAUAUCACGGAGCAGAGGUUUAUUACCGAACAAAGCAGCGCCAAAACCCUUUCUUCAGAUGAUUCCUAUACACACCAUGCCAACAGGCAAUCUAUAGGCAAACUUACUGGUGGGGACAGGCAUAACAAUGGGGGCACUAAAGUCUUCCCAGAGAGGACAAGCAGCGACUUGGGCUUCCUUCAUUUAGAUUGUGCCCCUAGCAAUUCAGAUUUCUUUUUGAACUGGGGCUACACCUACAGAGGAGUCAUUUUCCCAACACUGAGAAAUUCCUUUAAAUCUAGAGAUCUGGAGAGACUCUAUCAGCGAUAUUUUCUGGGCCAACGGAGAAAAUCUGAAGUGGUCAUGAACAUUCUUGAUGUUUUGACCAAACUCACUUUACUGAUUCUUCAUCUCACCUUGGCCUCUGCUCCCAUGGACCCAAUCAAAGGCAUUCUGCUGGGGUUCUUUACUGGAAUUGAAGUGGUGAUAUGUGCCUUAGUAGUUGUCAGGAAGGACACCACAUCCUAUACCUAUCUCCAGCUCAGUGGUGUUGUGACCUGGAUAGCCAUGGCCACUCAGAUACUAGCAGCAGGGCUCGGAUAUGGCCUUUUAGGGGACGGUAUUGGUUAUGUACUCUUCACACUUUUUGCUACCUACAGCAUGCUUCCAUUGCCCCUGACCUGGGCUAUCUUGGCUGGAUUGGUCACCUCCCUUCUACAAAUUGUGAUGCAGUUGGUAAUACCAAGGCUUGCAGUAACUUCCAUAAACCAGAUAGUGGCGCAGGCAGUGCUGUUUAUGUGUAUGAACACUGCCGGAAUUUUCAUUAGCUACCUGUCAGACCGCGCUCAGCGCCAAGCAUUCCUGGAAACCCGGAGAUGCGUCGAGGCGAGGCUAAGGCUGGAGACAGAAAAUCAAAGACAGGAGAGGCUCGUUUUAUCAGUAUUACCCCGAUUUGUUGUACUUGAAAUGAUCAAUGACAUGACCAAUGUUGAAGAUGAGCAUCUACAGCAUCAGUUCCACAAGAUUUAUAUCCACCGCUAUGAAAAUGUCAGCAUUCUUUUUGCAGACGUCAAAGGAUUCACAAACCUGUCCACUACACUCUCAGCCCAAGAGUUAGUCCGGAUGUUGAAUGAACUCUUUGCGAGAUUUGAUCGACUAGCUCAUGAGCAUCACUGCCUUAGAAUUAAGAUCUUAGGAGAUUGUUAUUACUGUGUGUCUGGACUCCCUGAACCACGACAAGACCACGCUCAUUGCUGUGUAGAAAUGGGGCUGAGCAUGAUCAAAACAAUUCGGUAUGUAAGAUCAAGGACCAAACACGAUAUUGAUAUGAGGAUAGGUAUUCACUCUGGCUCAGUUCUAUGUGGAGUCUUGGGGCUGAGAAAGUGGCAGUUUGAUGUUUGGUCUUGGGAUGUGGAUAUUGCAAACAAACUGGAAUCAGGUGGAAUCCCUGGGAGAAUUCAUAUAUCAAAAGCUACCUUGGACUGCCUUAACGGUGAUUAUAAUGUGGAAGAGGGCCAUGGUAAAGAAAGAAAUGAAUUUUUGAGGAAACAUAACAUUGAGACAUACUUAAUUAAACAACCAGAGGAAAAUCUCCUGACUUUACCUGAAGAUAUUGUGAAGGAGUCUGUCAGUCCCACCGAUAGAAGAAACAGUGGAGCAACAUUCACAGAAGGUUCAUGGAGCCCAGAACUUCCAUUUGAUAACAUUGUUGGCAAGCAAAAUACUCUGGCUGCUCUAACAAGAAACUCAAUAAAUCUGCUUCCAAACCAUCUUGCACAAGCUUUGCAUGUCCAAUCUGGGCCUGAGGAAAUUAACAAGCGAAUAGAGCACACCAUCGACUUACGGAGUGGCGAUAAAUUGAGAAGAGAGCAUAUCAAGCCUUUCUCACUGAUGUUUAAAGACUCCAGCCUGGAGCAUAAGUAUUCUCAAAUGAGGGAUGAAGUGUUCAAGUCAAACCUGGUGUGCGCUUUCAUAGUUCUUGUAUUUAUUACGGCAAUCCAAAGCUUGCUUCCUUCAUCAAGGAUGAUGCCGAUGGUGAUCCAGUUCUCCAUUCUGAUCAUGCUCCACUCGGCUCUUGUCCUGAUAACAACGGCGGAGGAUUAUAAAUGCUUGCCCCUCGUUCUACGCAAAACAUGCUGUUGGAUUAAUGAAACCUACUUGGCUCGGAAUGUCAUCAUCUUCGCCUCCAUAAUGAUUAAUUUUCUGGGAGCCGUCAUCAAUAUUCUCUGGUGUGAUUUCGACAAGUCAAUAACCUCAAAAAAUGAGACCUUCAAUGCAUCUGCCUCCUUCACAGACAUCUGCUUUUAUCCAGAGUACUUUGUCUUCACCGGUGUUCUUGCCAUGGUGACCUGUGCCGUAUUCCUGCGCCUGAACUCGGUGCUGAAGCUGGCGGUGCUGCUCAUAAUGAUAGCAAUAUAUUCCCUGCUCACCGAGACCAUCUACACGUCUCUCUUCCUGCGAUAUGACAACUUUCACCAUAACGGCAACACAGACUUCCUGGGAACCAAAGAAGCCUCCUUGCUCCUGAUGGCCAUGUUUCUCCUAGCGGUGUUUUAUCACGGGCAACAGCUGGAAUAUACUGCAAGACUGGAUUUUCUAUGGCGAGUUCAGGCCAAAGAAGAGAUCAAUGAAAUGAAGGAAUUAAGGGAACACAAUGAAAAUAUGCUGAGAAAUAUUCUUCCUAGUCAUGUCGCCCGGCACUUCUUGGAGAAGGACCGAGAUAAUGAAGAGCUGUAUUCCCAGUCCUAUGAUGCUGUAGGCGUCAUGUUUGCGUCUAUUCCUGGAUUUGCCGAUUUCUAUUCCCAAACCGAAAUGAAUAACCAGGGCGUCGAAUGCCUUCGUUUGCUGAAUGAAAUCAUUGCUGACUUUGACGAGUUACUGGGUGAAGAAAGAUUCCAGGAUAUUGAAAAGAUCAAAACUAUUGGCAGCACUUACAUGGCCGUGUCUGGAUUAUCCCCCGAGAAGCAGCAAUGUGAAGACAAAUGGGGGCAUCUGUGCGCAGUGGCUGACUUCUCCAUAGCACUGAAUGAAAGUAUACAAGAGAUCAACAAGCAUUCCUUCAACAACUUUGAAUUACGAAUUGGUAUCAGUCAUGGGUCAGUUGUUGCCGGUGUGAUUGGGGCUAAAAAGCCUCAGUACGACAUCUGGGGUAAAACAGUCAACUUAGCCAGUAGAAUGGACAGCACAGGAGUUAGCGGCAGGAUCCAAGUGCCUGAAGACACCUAUCUCAUUCUAAAAGAACGAGGCUUUGCCUUCGAAUAUCGAGGAGAGAUCUACGUGAAAGGCAUCAGCGAGCAGGAAGGAAAGAUCAAGACGUAUUUUCUUCUAGGAAGAGUACAGCCAAAUCCUUUGAUAUUACAGCCAAGAAAACUAACUGGGCAAUAUUCCUUAGCAGCCGUUGUCUUAGGACUUGUACAGUCUCUUAACAGACAAAAACAAAAGCAAAUCCUAAAUGAGAACAACAACUCGGGUAUCAUGAAGGGACAUUACAACCGACGGACAUUACUGACCUCAGGUGGGUCAGAGGUCGUUACCCAGACAGAGGGGGCUGACAAGUCCGAAUUGCCAUAAAAAUAAAUGUUUUUUUUUUUCUUUUGGGUUCAUUUUUUGUAUUUCUUUUAUAUAUAAAUACGCAAAUAAAAAAUGUAUAAUUUUUUUA